GGAAAGGAAGGGAGGCCUAAAAGAGGCGCAGAGAGAAGGACAGGGAGCAGCGCAGCGACACGCGCAGGACGACGAGCAGUGCUGCACUCGAUCACUCAAUCGCUCAAUCGCUCGCUCGCUUGCAUUCCGAGGCCAUCAAUUCCGCGAGGGCGGAAGUCAAGAGUCGAGAAUUGGCCGAGAGGUCGGGACGAGAAAUUGCGAGAGAGAGAGAGAGAGAGAGAGAGAGAGAGAGGUCAACCUUGAGAGAAAGGCGUGGACCAGUAGCAGUAAGCGUCGUCUGAGAGAUCCCGGGCUCGGGGGAGCUUCGGAGGCAGUGGAGAGUACAAGAUAAUUCGUGCUUUUUUUGGGUGGGGCGAGAGAGAGGGAGGGAGGGAGGGGAGGGGAGAGGAGGAGGAGGAGAAGGGGAAGUGAAGAGGUUGAUUGAUUCUUUGUAGCUUUCGUCAAGAGGAGGGAGGAGGAAGAGGAAGAAGGAUUUGGGAAGGUGAUCCGAUUGGAGUACCGCCCGAGUAAUUGCGAACGAUUGAGUGUUCGAUUGCGCGAGAGGGAGUGUGGGCGAGGGAAGGGAAUAAGAGAGCGAUUGAUUUGGUGCGGAGAGGUGGUGGAGGGAAGGUUGAAGGUUGCGGCCUUGGGGGUUUAUGAUCCUGGACGAGGAGAAGGAGGAGGAGAUUGGGGAGGGAAGGAUUGCGUGAGCGGAGGAGAGGGCGGAGGAAGGAGACGUGUGGGUUCAAGGGAGGCGAAGAAAGGGGAGGGAGUGGGGUAGGGGGGGAGGGAGUGAGGGAGGGAGGGAGGCCGGGCGGAGAGAUAGUGUGAUGGAAUCGUCGACCGAGAGGUGGAAGAGUUGAAGAAGGAGAAGAGGAGCCGGCGAAGGAGAAAGACAGACGCAGACAGAUCUAUCCGAGUGGAGAGGACCUGUGAGGAAGAGUAGGAAGUGGAAACGAGAGCGAGAGAAAGCGAGUGGGAAUCAAUUUGUACACACACAUUCUUUUGUGCAUAAUUCUUUGAGUAUUGCUACGGUUGAUGUUUUCGGGCCUCGCCCUCAGAGUGCCAAAAUUUCGAACUUCCUCGUACCUCAUCAUCUGCAAGAAGGACAGACAUACGAAUCACAAGAGGACAGGAGAAGAGUGGCUCUCAGUUCAGGUAGCCUGAUUCCCGAGCAACCCUCCAAGCGACCCUGCGUGUUUAUUGGAGGGUUCAGGGAGUUUGGAGUUGAUGAAUUUGUCAAUGUGGCCUGGGGGAGAGCUGUUCCUUGAAUGCCCUCUAGGGGAGUGCCGGCUUUUUCCCGAAGCUGUGUUAGCUAACGUUUGGUUCCUCCGAGAGUGCAAUGAUCAUAUUUUAUGUCUAGAAAUUGGGGACAAUUGGCUUCAGGAACAAUCUCUCAGGCUGGAAGACAAGUUUCUCACCUGAAACUGCCUCCUCGCCAGUUUCAGGUGAGUCUCAUGUUGCCUUCCUCUCCUUCAUCCUGUAAAUGCCCCCCACACCCCAUAUUCGGCGAAUUUUUUUUAUUUGUGUGUUGUGGGGUAGUUUCUCCGCACUGACUGCGAGUGGAGUGCUCAUAGUUCUACCACAAAUGGAUGUUCUGAGACGAGAGUCUACUCAAGAGCUUCAUACUGGACUAGGACAAGUGUGACCGGUUUCUCUGCAGCUGAAAUUGAAAGGCGUUGUAAUUGUAUUUGCGUUGAACUUUCAACACGCAUUCAUUUGAUUGUUGGAGUCAUGGCGGCAGCAGAAGCUGCAGAUUUGGAAGGGGUGAGAGAGGCCGUCGGGGACGAUGAGGCUGAGAUGGAUGCCAGGAUAGCAGCCAUUAUGCACUUGCAACAAUUGCAGCAUAAGCAGGAAGUGAUGCAACUCCUGGAGGCUCAUCCUGUGACCAACGCUGACACGGAAUUCAGAAUGCAGCUGGAAGAACUUGUCAGGGAUCACCUAAACACUUGCAUGGCCCUUGCAUCCUGUAGCACGUCUCAUGACAACAGCCCACAUGCACCUACUUUUGGACCUCUCAGGGGUGAUAGCAGCGAAUCUCGUCACCAUUUGCUGGAUCACUCGCCAGACCAAUGCCACCACCACCACCACCACCACCAUCAGUACCUGCUCGUCGACGGUGAGGAAGGAGUCGAUGUCGAAGAGGACAGGCUAGGGCGCCAGCAGCAAUUGCCUGGUGAAUCUGCUGAUGAUUUGGGAGUCUCGCGUGCAUUGUUGAGACCCCAAUCCAAUAUUCUUGGUAGGUGGGAUGAAAGGCAGGGUACUGAACCUACGCUGAGGGAGAGGCAAGUUCGGGAGGCAGAACUUUUGGCACUCGCCAGUCUGCAUACUGUGUCUACUUUGGAUGCAUCUUUCUUGCAACCACCACCCCAACCGUGUGCCAGAAAUCGAACAGAUGAGAACGCUUCAGUACAAAGGCCACAAAGACCUCAGAAUUCCUUGUUCCAGAUGUGGAGGGAAUUGGAGGGUGAAAGAGAGAGGGAAAGACAACAACUUUCGGAAAGGCCUAGGACUCGAGGAACUGAAUCUGAGGAAGUGCAGAUGUGGGAAGAGUUUGAACGAGAGCAUGAAGAAGCGGAUUUGCACAGGAAUCCGCAGUCUGAUGGAACAUCAGCACAAACAGAAGCGGUCAUAUCAGAAGAUAACUUGCAACGGUGGCAGGAUAAUCAGGAUAUUAUUGGGGCUGAGAUGGAGCAGUCCAUAUUAAUUGAACCUUCGCGAAUCGAAACAACCAUCCAGGAUGCUAGCAACAAUGCUCAAGUCUCGGAAAUGGGUGGGAACCAAAAUGAAACACAAGAGGUAGAUGGAGAGAGGGAAAGGGUGAGGCAAAUAGUCCGGAGAUGGAUGAGAGAAAGUGGUGUGGCCGACUCAGAGGCAGGGUCUAAUGCUCGCCCGAGUAGCCGGACUGAAUGGCUUCGUGAGGAUGAGAGGGAGAGAGUAAGAGAAAUGGCUCGAGAAUGGGUACGUGUGAGCAAUUUUGAGAGUAGGGACGCAUCGCCUCAAAGGCAAGAUACCCCAUCCAGCUCUCCGCCUAGGCCCGCUCCAGUGCAUCAAGCAAGAGUGGACAGCUCUUCUCCAGGUGAUACGGUCCCAGAUCAGCGCAGUCUGGAUGCUGAGAGACAGCGGAGGAUGAUCUUGGAGUUGCUGAUGCGUUCCGAGCAGGAAAGGCAAAGAGAGCUGGAAGGGCUGUCAGAACACCGCAGUGUUUCUGAAUUUGCCCACCGCAACCGUCUGCAGAACCUUCUGCGAGGACGGUUUCUCAGGAAUGGAGUAACUGCUGACGAAGAUCGGCCUCCUUCUUCAGCAGCUGGAGAAAUAGGACAGCUCCGUCAACGACGUGCUGUCAGUGGUUUAAGGGAGGGAUUCCGUUUCAGGCUAGAAACUAUUGUUCGUGGCCAGGCCAAUCCGCAACAAAAUGAUGUUCAAAGGAGAAGGCUGCCAAACCAGCAGGUUGUAUCGACCGCAACCGUGCCACCCAGGGUGGCCCCAAGGGUUGAGCGCCCAGUACGGAGAGAUUGGCCAGCUGUGGGCGCUGCCCGCAGGGCAAGUGAAUUGCAAUCACUGGAAGACGCCACAGCAUAUAAUAUGGAACUUCGUGAGCUCCUUGGACGGCGGAGUGUUACAACUAUGCUGGCCAGUGAAUUCCGGGACCGGCUCGAUCAGCUAAUUAGAUCGUUCAUUCACAGACAAGGGCGUACGCCACAACCUUGGAAUAUCGGUAGACCUGCGCAGCCUGCAGCCAAUCAACAAGAGCAAGCUCAACAACGGCAGGUGGAUGGAGACGUCAGAGAUAAUGCUGCUCAAGCUAUUCCGAUAUUUGUUCCUCCUCCUCCACCUCCUCCUCCUCUACCACUGUGGCUGCGAGAAACUCAGACAGCAGCAUGGCCACGGCCUCCUAUGCGGGCUGGGGAACUGGAGUGGGAAUCCACAAGCCGAAGUCUGAAAGCAGACGUUGCCGUCUUACAACGAGGCAUGGGAGAGUUGCGUGGAAUGAUGGAUACAUGUAUACAAAUGCAACUUGAGCUCCAACGUUCAAUACGGCAAGAAGUCUCUGGUGCUCUACAGCGGAUGUACAUUGGCAAAGCAAUACCAAACGAAGCAUUGGAUGGUGCGAAGUGGACCUCCGUCAAAAGGGGCAUUUGCUGCAUUUGCUGCGAUAAGCCAAUUGACUCUCUUCUUUACAGAUGUGGUCAUAUGUGUACUUGUUUGACAUGCGCAAUGGAGUUGCACCAAAAGAGUGACAGAUGUCCAAUGUGUCGCGCGGCAAUUGUGGAAGUUGUGCGGGCUUUCACAGUAACCUGAAAUCCAACCCUCCAGCUGUGGUGAGUAGAUUAGUUUGAGGAAUGCUGCAUUGAUAAUUACUUCUCCAAUUUCUCCAUGAAGAGAGAGAUGACAGGGGUGUGUACAGGUAUGUAAUCCAACAGAAUUAUAGAAUGCCCUUACGAUACCACGGGUAGAGGGAGUUAUGACUGUGGCUCCCAAGGCAGUGAGGGUUAGCUGGAGUUUACCUGCACAUUCAGUUGAGGACACGUCCAUAAUGGUCCCUUGUAGAGGGAAUCGAGUUCCAAUAAGCGCAGUAGUAGAUACAUGGCAAGCUCUCAAGGGAUAGGUUUUCUCAAAAGGUUUUCAGCUAUGGUGGUAUUUUUGGUAUGUAACAUUGUUUGAGUGUAAGUAUACUGUAUAUGAUUACCUUUCUCCCAGAAUAAAAGGUUGUGGGAGGUGACAAGUCUUCUGCUUUGAAGAGUGGGAAUGCUUUAUGCAUAUGCUUGCAGUGAUCGAGGCGAAUCACGGUGCAAGCAUAUGAAUAUAGCAGAAUGAGGUGAGGAUGUUGUGACACAAUUAAGAGGAAAUCUAUGAAAAUUGUGGGAAGUUUCAGGUGACGAAUCCUGAAGCUCGAAAGUCGUUAAAAACGGUAGCGUGUACCUUAGGAGAUGGAUGCCCUGCGAGUGAACUUCUUAAUUUGUUCUACCAAGUAUAUUCCCAUUACGGAAGUCACUAUACAUUUGACAGUGCUGUUGGUUAUGGUCAUUUCAAUCUCUGC